GAGAGAGGGAAAUAUUAAAGGAGUUGAGUUCUUAGUAUAAAUGGUUACUUUUUCCAAAGCAGAAGUUUAAUGUAGAAUGAAACACAACUCAAGCCCAAUGUAAUUAAAUUUGGUUUUUUUAAAAUAUACUUGUCUUAACUGCAGUUCACAAGGGAAUUGUUCUGAUCUAGCUGUGCAGUAUCCCAAUAUAUGUCAUUGGACAGCUCAUAAAUAGUUGAUUCCUGCUUAAGCUGAAUAUACUUGUUCUAAAAACAAAUCCUGAUAGUCUUCUGCGCAUUAAGCCCCGUAUCAGGAAGUUUUUAAUGUUUGAUGUUUUAGUAUGUUCUGAUAUAUGCUGUGAGCUGCCCAGAAUAGCUGGGAAAAUCCAGCACCAGAUGGGGUAUAAAUAAUAAAAUUAUUAUUAUUAUUAAGAUUCACCUUACGGUCCCUGGGUGGGUUACAACAUUGAAGCACAAGAUUAAAAGGGUUAAAAUUUCUUGCAAUCACGAAAAUAAGGUGGGUCUGAAAAAUAAAACACUUCAAAUGUCAAAAGCCAAUGCAAAAUGGUUUUUGAAUUAGCAUUGUAAUAUUUUGUUCUUUGAAGCACCUUCAUGUGUUUUCCAGUCAAUAAAUUAUUCCUCUACCUCAAUAUCUUGGAGCAAGGGGCUAUAAUGUAUGCAUGUAUAGAGGUCUUGCUCUAAAAAGGACUACUUCAGAUGUGAUUGUUUCCUUACAUGUGAGUGUACAUGACUACCUAAAUUCUGUAGGCGGCUUUGGAAAUUUCAGCUCCCCAUAGGACUCUUUCAUUUGAUGUAAAUACACUAUGUUGUUACAAAGUCUGCCAGUAUGAUUUCCCCCCCAAACCAGGCAACAUGCCCAGAUUUAACCUGAAGUUAGUUUUGGAAAGGAACAAUCAGUUUACUUUUCAUAUACACACACACAGGAAUGAUCCCAAAACUGGAAAAUAUGGCAUAUUAAUCAGUUAAUACCCAACUGGAAGAAAUGGAUGUUUCAAGUGGAAGAUGCACUUUUGUACCUCUAUGGGAGCUGCCUUCAGUGCCUAAGGGGAACUGGGAGAGAGGUGGACUGUCUUUAGUCUCCCUCUCUGCCAUUUGUAGUGAAAGAAUGUGUGGAUUUGGGAAGGUGACAGAAUUAGGGCAUCUACAAAGUCCCAUCCAUCACUGUGGGUACCAUGAUGUAUAAUCUGGUAUUCUGGCUGACCUGAAAGGAAAGUGGCAAAGUGUUCCAACACAAAGAGUAAAAACUCACUGAUUUGUUUUUUUUAGGUCUCUGCCUAAUAACUUUUUCAUGUUGAGCCCUGAAAGUGGAGUGUUUCUAUUCUUUCAGCUGUUUUCUUUGGGAGGGUUGUGUGUGUGUGUUUCCUCCCUCCCCAAAAUACAGCUCUCUGGGUUGCCAAGAAACCCAACGGUGAGAGUAAGCACACAUGCACACGCUUGGGUUGCAAUCCCGUAGGCACUUACCCAGGAGUAAGUCUCACUGAACUCAGUGGGGCUUGCUUUGGAGUAGGUCUGCCCAAGAACGCAAUACCAGCUGCCAUAGCGUCUGGAUAAAGGCGGGGGCGCCUGCAGCGACGGCGCCUGCCAAGCGAGAAGCUGGCAAAGGAACCGGGCCGAGGGAGGCAUGGCCCGGCCUAGGCCCGCCUCGGGUUAAAGUUCUCCCGCCUGCGACACGGUUUCCCCCUCGGCAACCAUGGCCGCGUCGCUAGGCCGGUUCUCGCUGCCUGCGCUGCCGUCCUCCCGCCUGGCCUUGUUCUGCGCCUCGGUCGCCGUGGUGGGCCUGGGAGCCGCCGCGGCCUGGCGCUGGGGCCGGCGCCGCGCACGCCGAGAGCUGGUGCGGGUGGGCGCCGUGUCCAGCCUCGCCAUCUACCCGGUCAAGUCCUGCCAGGGGCUGCCCCUCGAGAGCGCCGAGCUGACCAAGCUGGGCGUCCGCAGCGGAGACCUGCGCGACAGGCAAGGAGAGGGGGUGGAGGGCGCAAGAGCGGGAGGGAGGGAGGCGACGAGGCUCCGCUUCCUUUCGAGAGUUGAGGGGAAGGAAUGUGGGGCCGGGGGCGGAGGAAGGGCCGCGUGUGUGGUGAGUCCGUCCUGUGGCGACUUGAAGACUAACGGGCUUCUAAUGGCACCAUAAAGCUCUCGUGGACCGCUGCGUCCGCUUCCUUCUCCCGCGCGCCUGUGCAGGCCGCUGCAAUUCUUCACGCGUGGGACAAACUUGGCGCGCAGACAAAUGAGGCCAGUUUAGCGCCUCCCUCCCUUAUUGGUGUGAGAACCGUGUUGGUUUCGGGGUGUCUGCGCGUCGUUUUUUGGGGAAGGGGACGGCCCUAUUGCAGCUGCUACCCGCGCGCAAGGAAGCUUCUUAGGACCCUCGCGCCUCCAGGCGAAGCCCGUUCUGCCCUGAGUGCUGCUGCUGUUGCUGUUGCUACACAUGUCCCAGAGCUUCAGUCAGGCGGUGUCCGUGGGGAAUUACAAUCUGGAAUUCUAUGACGUUUGUAGUCUUAUUUAUUAAAUUUCUAUACCGCCCUUCAUCCGAGGAUCACCAGCUGUUUGCAAUAUAAAAACACAAAAAUGCAUAACAUUGUAAGGUAAGGUAAAGGACCCCUGGACGGCUGAGUCCAGUCAGAGGUGACUAUGGGGUGCAGCGCUCAUCUCACUUGAGGCCAAGGGGGCUGCCAUUUGUCCACAGACAGCUUUCCGGGUCAUGUGGCCAGCAUGACUAAACUUCUACUGGUGCACAGAGGACCGUGAGGAGUUCCAGAGUGCAUGGAAACACCAUUUGCCUUCUUACCACAUCGGUACCUAUUUAUCUACUUGCCCUGGUAUGCUUUCGAACUGCUAGGUUGGCAGAAACUGGGACAGCAACGAGAGCUCACCAAUCGGCAAGCCCAAGAGGCUCAGUGGUUUAGACCACAGCGCCACCCGCAUCCCUUGCAUAACAUAGUAACAGCAACAGCAGCACCACCCCCAGUUUAAAAGGCCUUGUUGUUGUUGUUGGCAUCCAUCUGCCAAUGGAGUGUGCCUUUGGGGUUGAAGGAGAAUUACACCGCCAGUGGGUGUAGAGACCAAUAGGGGAGAGACAUGUUUUGUUGCAGCUGGGUCAGAUGAAGGCAUCCAGUUGUGUUCUGCAACAAACCACUUCAUUUAUCAAUAAGGAUGCUUGCUUUGAUAGUGUGUUAAAAUAUUGCUAUAGGUUUAUAGGUGCUAGCAUAUGGGGCAUCAAAGCUAGACACAUGUGGAUUUAAGCCAGACCCAGUGUGUAAUUAAACUGUGUGCUAGACUUAGCUAAUCCCUCAAUUAAGCUAAGUGUCAAAAGCCAAUUAAGCCAGGACAUGCCUACUGUGUGAGGUGUUACUUUAGAGUAAUGAAUCGUUAGCAUUUCAAAGGAUGAAAGGGUAAAUCUCAUUUGCAAAUGGGUGGGUUUCCUCCCUCCCUCAGCUGAGAGUUUAGUUCAUAAAUAGAAGGCCAGUGUUUUAGGUAGGUGGCAGUUUAGAAUGGCAGUAAGGAGCUAAGCAACGGAGUGGUAAUGGGCUGGAGGGAGAGUCAAAAAGCAGGAUGCUGAUGUCUGUUUUGGAUCCAGUGCUGUGGCUAUGGGGGAAGCCAGAACCUCUUGGAAUGUAAUGCUGGAGAUCCCUCCAUGGUAAACUUCCCUUAUAAACCUGUAUAAUUAAACUAUAUAUCAUAAAGACACCACAGUCUCUGUUGUGCCUUGUGAUCUAAAUGGAAUCAAAGAAUGCAGAUAAGCACUCCUUGUAGUCCUGGAAUCUUACACAGCUUGGAGAUUGGGGUGGCAGGUAACAAUAUUUUUCUCAUGGCCUGUCAGCAAUUUAGGUAUAACAUUUAAAGGAUUAACAAUUCUCUCUAUGUUUAAUCAUAGAUUUUGGCUCGUGAUUAAGGAAGAUGGUCAUAUGGUCACAGCUCGGCAGGAGCCUCGCCUGGUUCUGGUCUCUGUAAAUUGUGAAAAUGGUCUCUUAAUCCUGAAUGCUCCAGAAAUGAAGGAACUGACCAUCCCUAUCACUGCUCCUAAGAACAAUCCAGUGAAGACUUGCAGGUGAUGAAUUAGGUUUUUGUCUGUCUCUUUUUUAAUCGGGCUGAAAACGUUACUUCCACAUAUUGUUUUCUCUUUGCCUUCUUGGCCUUUGUUGUUAGGUGUCACAUGUCCCUAACUGUUCAUGAUGGUACUGAACAAGAGUCCAGUAUCAAAGACAAAAUAAUCUGUGCUAGGACCUCUCUCUUAAAACCUGAUUCAUGAUACUCAGAUGGUUAUAUCAAACAUAUUGUUUUAAUCAUGCAGACCUGAUCACCGUGAGUUCCGCUGUUUUGAGAUUUUUCUAGAUAAUGUUUUAUGGAUACUCCAGUUUGCAGGAGGUUGGAAUAGAUUACCCUUGGGGGUCCCUUCCAACACUAUGAGUCUAUGAUUCAAAUAAAUAAAGAAGUAAUAAGGCCCACAGGCUAAUGUGCCCCUGCUUGAUUCAUUUGUGUUCCCUACCUGAAUGCCAUUUCCCCCUUCUGUGCUUUCCCACUUCAAGGUGGCUUGAGAGCAGUACAUGUGAAAAGGAUCUAGGAGUCUUGGUUGACCACAAACUUGAUAUGAGCCAACAGUGUGACGCGGCAGCUAAAAAAGCCAAUGCAAUUCUGGGCUGCAUCAAUAGGAGUAUAGCAUCUAGAUCAAGGGAAGUAAUAGUGCCACUGUAUUCUGCUCUGGUCAGACCUCACCUGGAGUACUGUGUCCAGUUCUGGGCACCACAGUUCAAGAAGGACACUGACAAACUGGAACGUGUCCAGAGGAGGACAACCAAAAUGGUCAAAGGCCUGGAAACAAUGCCUUAUGAGGAACGGCUAAGGGAGCUGGGCAUGUUUAGCCUGGAGAAGAGGAGGUUAAGGGGUGAUAUGAUAGCCAUGUUCAAAUAUAUAAAAGGAUGUCACAUAGAGGAGGGAGAAAGGUUGUUUUCUGCUGCUCCAGAGAAGCGGACACGGAGCAAUGGAUCCAAACUACAAGAAAGAAGAUUCCACCUAAACAUUAGGAAGAACUUCCUGACAGUAAGAGCUGUUCGACAGUGGAAUUUGCUGCCAAGGAGUGUGGUGGAGUCUCCUUCUUUGGAGGUCUUUAAGCAGAGGCUUGACAACCAUAUGUUAGGAGUGCUCUGAUGGUGUUUCCUGCUUGGCAGGGGGUUGGACUCGAUGGCCCUUGUGGUCUCUUCCAACUCUAUGAUUCUAUGAAUACAGUGGUACCUUGGGUAACACAUGCUUCAGGUUAUAGACUCUGCUAACCCAGAAAUAGUACCUCGGGUUAAGAACUUUGCUUCAGGAUGAGAACAGAAAUCGUGCUCUGGCGGCGCAGCAGCAGCAGGAGGCCCCAGUAGCUAAAGUGGUACCUCAUGUUAAGAACAGUUUCAGGUUAAGAGUGGACCUCCAGAAUGCAUUACGUUCUUAACCUGAGGUACCACUGUAUCUUAAGGCUCACCCAAGUUCAUCAAAAGUAGAAGUUUGAAUAGAACAAUGCUUGUUUACUAGUUCUGCAUUGCUCGUCCUCUUUGAAAGCACAUGAUGCAGCUGGCAUCAACUUUCCCAUUCAGCUAGCUAGUAAUGUGUGCUUCAUCCUGGAGAAUAAAAGUCUUUAGUGCUACUACCGCUCAUCUCAGCAGGAAAGAGUAGAGAUGGGGGUGCAGAUAAAAAGAGGGAGCUAAUAGUGAUGAGGCCUUGUGAUUUUGAGAGAAAAGAAGUGUAUGUUAAAAGAGUAGAGCACAGGAGGGAGGGCCAAUAGAGAGAGGGAUUUGUUUUUCUGUAACAAAUUUAAAUAUUCAGACACACCCGAAGUGGUGUGAAGAGAGAAUGCACAAAGGUGUGCAACGAGAAAAAUAAAGUGAACAGCAAAGGGGUUAAAAAUAAAACUGGAAUAAAAACACAACAACAUGGUUCUCUUGAAUUAGUAAAGUGGACCUGAGGAAGAUUUGAGUUGUACUCCCUUACAAGAAUGUCUUCUUUUCAACUGAGGAUAAAACCAACGUCCUUACAAUGGUAUUACCUUGUGUAGCACCUGUCUCCAUUUUGUAAUUUCCAACAGGGUGUUUGGGCUUGAUAUUCAAGGACGGGACUGUGGUGAUGAAGUGGCUCAUUGGUUCACCACUUUCUUGAAGUCAGAACCAUUUCGGCUGGUACAUUAUGAGACCGACAUGGCGCCAAGAAAAUGUGAAAAGAUUCACAAACCUUUUCAACCUAAUGAUGAGGUUAGAUAAAUAAAUAUUGUUUUAUUGUGAGCAUUAAUCAUUUGUCAUCCUGCUUAAAAAAAAUAAAUCCUUGCCAUAUUUUUACAUCUGAAUUGAUAGCUGAUUUUAAAAAUGUAAGUCAGGACUAGCCUGGGACUAGUCAUCAUUCAGCCCAGACACUGAGGUCCAGCUCUGAGUGCCUUCUGGUGGUUCCCUUCCAGUGAGAAGUGAGGUUACAGGGAACCAGGCAGAGGGCCUUUUCAGCAGUGGCGCCCGCCCUGUGGAACGCCCUCCCGUCAGAUGUCAAGGAAAUAAACAACUACCUGACUCUUAGAAGACAUCUGUUUGAUUUAUUGUACUUUUAAUAUUCUGUUGGGAGCUGCCCAGAGUGACUGGGAAAACCCAGCCAGAUGGGCAGUGUAUAAAAUAAUAAUAAUAAUAAUAAUAAAUAAUAAUAAUAAUAAUACAUAAAUAAUAAUUUACUUGGAGCCCUUGGCCUUUCUGAAAGAGGAUGAGCCAGUGUGGUGUAAUGGCUAGACUAGGUUUAAAUAUCUGCUCCGUCAUGGUCAGUGCUAUUUUUGUAGGGGGGAGGGGAGGUGCCUAAACUCACCAUGAACACCUCCCUUGUUCUCUUAUAAUGGCAAUGGCACCCAUCUGAGAACUGCUGGAACUGAGUUCAGGCUGGGGGAAAAGCCCUAGUCAUGGAGUCAUUCACUCCUAGCCAAACCUCACAGGGCUGUUGUGAGGAUAAAAUGGAGGAUGAGGGGAACUCUGUAUUCUACCUUGAGCUCCUUGGAGGAAAGGUGGGAUGUAAAUGCAAUAAAUAAACAAGUUAAAGUCCGAGAGACUGUUUUAUCGAUAGAUAAGACUUCAUGAGCUAUUCAUUGCAUGGGAUGUCACAAAUUUUGUAACGUCUUCCUUGCAUUCUAAGUACCGAAAAGAGGGAAGAGAUUAAGAGGUGUAAACUGGUGGGAUUUUCCAGAGCUAAUAAUAAAUGGCAAGGCAGCUUUUUGCUAUUGCUGCUGAGGAAUCUGUGGAAUGUGCUCAUGAUGAAUGCUUGAGAGGGAUGCCAGCAAGAUGCUUAUUAACCUGCUAUUGUAGUGACAUUGGUAAUAUUUAUGUAUCUUUGCAACACAGGUUCCCUAUAGUGACUGUGCCCCCCUCUUAAUCAUCUCAGACGCUUCAAUGGAAGAUUUAAAUUCCAGAAUGGAGAAGAAAAUCAACAUGCGACAUUUUAGACCAAACAUUACUGUUUCAGGCUGUGGAGCUUAUGAGGAGGUAGAGAAAAUGUUGUUUGUCUCCCUUUGGUUUCUAAAACAAUUCAUCCAAAAUGUGUGCAUUUUUAAAAAGAAACAUUUUAUGCGAGCAUUUGGAAAAGCACCUGAGCUAUAGUGUAGCAACUGCAGUAUACAGUAUGUAUCUUAGAAUAUAGACAGUUACAAGGAUUUUAUGUUGGCAGCAUUUACAACAUGUGUAACUGAGGAGAAAGCAAUCAUUUCCAUUUCCAGACUAUUUACAAGAUGCACUGAUUUAAAUGCAAACAGUAAGAUAGGCUUUUCAUUGAACCAAUUUGUAUUAAUGAGCACCUAACCUAAAUGUUUCACUUGGAGUGACAUUAUCUCUGGUUUCAUUUUCAUUUAAAAAUAAGCAAUCUAGAUAGAGGACACAGGGCACAGGGAUAGAAUUUUAACCCAUUCCUUCCUUACCAUGAUCCUGAAAAAAUAUAUAUGCAGCAGUAGAACUGGUGUCGUUUUUUAAUUUAAAGUAAUAGGCAUUGUGCAGGUAUAUUUCCAAGCCCUAAAAGUGAUGAGCUUCAAUGUUUCUUCUGCAUGACAUUUCCUUUUGGAAAAGGAUCUCCUUCUUAGGGGCUUGCAUGCACAUUCCACUUUAUUCACUGGUUACUGUACUGGUUAAUCUUUGCAUAGCUAGCAGAAAUAUUAGCAGACAAUUCAGCAGUCAGUACCCUUCUCAGAUGCACUUCCAGUGUUGUGUGGUGCUGCAUGGCAGCUACCCUAAGGGAAACUAGUAUUCCCUCCAUAUAAACUUUCUAAGCAUUCCUAGCAGAGCUAAGAGCUGGAAUGCAUAUCGGUUUGUUAUGGGUUUGCCUCUAAAAAUAACACCUCCCAUUUCCGUACACACACAACCUGCUGUUGAGAUUUUAUGUUCUCGUUUUCUUUAUGAGAAAAUGCUUUGCAUUUGGUUCCAUAUUGCAACCUUCUCAGCCAAGGUUAUCUCACUUGGCCUUGAAGUAUUUUUCUCUCUGCUGCCGCCUCCUUAUUUCUGAAAUGUUGCAGGUCAGGAUGAAUCAGGAUUUUCCAGUGUAAUAUGGUAGAACAUGCCAAAUCUAGGCAAAAGGCACAGUGUCAAAUCUCCCCCGCAUUGUGAAUGUUUGCACAAUACUGCUAUUAUAAUGAUGAUAGUUUCUGGAAGGCAUUGUAACAAUGAGGGGGUGUGUACAAAACAGAAACCUUGCUUAUUUGAUCACUAACCUGGUUGAUUGGUUGGUUCGAAAGACAAUGGCUUUGUCUAGGGACAGAUUAAUAUCCCUUCAGCAUUUUGGGGCACCAGCAGCUGAGCACACGGAAGGCAGAAAUGCAAGUCCUGGAAAGUUUGGGCUAGAGUCACAAUGGGCCCAAAGUGGAAGCUAAUAACCAGUUUCACAUUAAGGCAGUAUAAGAGAUCAACAGGGGUGCAAAGGUGAGAUGGAAGCAAGGGUUUAAAAUGAGGAACCCACUUAAAUGAGGACAGCAAGAAAAAGUGUUGGGAAGUACCAGAUAGGAGGGCAGGGGUGUGGAUUCUUCACCCUCAGAUGUCUCACCACAAAGGUGAAGCAGUGCAGAGAUAAGGAGGCUUCUGCUUUGAGGCUGAGCCUGCAAGAGGGGCCUAGAUGACCCUCGGGUUUCCUUCUAUGAUUCUACUGAAUUAUGAUACAGCUCUUUUGGAGGCUGCAGCUUGGUUAGUUAGUUUAUAGUGGUAAUAUUGCCAUCUUGUGGUGAAGUGUGGGAGAAGCAGCUUUGGCAGCAUGCCAAUGUGAUCUGAAUUUCGAGCUUUUAGCUGGGAGUAAAAGAAUGGUGCCUCUCUCCUUCAGAUCCUUAAACAGCUCAUUCUAACCAAAGUGGACUCCUACUCCUUUACCUCACUUCUUCAGGUCCUCCUCCUCCUAGUCCCUCUUCCUAGUCAACCCACACCAACUCUGCAACUGGCAGAGUGUCCGCCCUGUGCCUAAACAUUCAGUGAAGCCCUCAUUCAACCCAAAAUGACAUUCAGCCUUCCCUCAGAAGCAGCUGCACUGAUUGUCAAAAUCCCACAACUGGCUUUCCUCCCACAAGAAUGGCAACUUUUACAUAACCAGGCCAUAGUGAGGAUGAGAUUGUGCAUGUGCGCACACAUUUGUGAAGGUGACUAGCUAUUUGGGGAGCCAUUGGAGACUGAGGGGAAGAAUGGCUCCAGCUUCCCCUUCAUUCUUUCCCCUCCCCACAAUUCAGUUCUUCUCUUUCAUCUGUCUUCCAUAACCCAUUUCUUUCUUUGUUGUGUGUUGCAGAAUCUUCUCUCAUGCUCUCUGCAUCUACAUGCCAGCUCCCUCCCCUCAUUUCCCCUCCUGAGGCAUCUACCCAGCUGCCCACAUAUACACUAUGUGUCCCUCUUUCUUUUCCCCUUUACUUACUAGAUAUAAUGUCAGGACAAUGAAGAAGUGACGCAGGGUAGUAGUCAACUAAGAUAUAGGUAAAGGUAAAGGGACCCCUGACCAUUAGGUCCAGUCGUGACCGACUCUGGGGUUGCAGUGCUCAUCUCGCUUUACUGGCCGAGGGAGCCAGCAUACAGCUUCCGGGUCAUGUGGGUAGCAUGACUAAGCUGCUUCUGGCGAACCAGAGCAGUGCACAGAAACACCGUUUACCUUCCCGCCAGAGUGGUACCUAUUUAUCUACCUGCACUUUGACGUGCUUUCAAACUGCUAGGUUGGCAGGAGCAGGGACCGAGCAAUGGGAGCUCACCCCGUUGUGGGGAUUCGAACCACCGGCCUUCUGAUCGGCAAGUCCUAGGUUCUGUGGUUUAGACCACAUAGUUGGGAUUAAAAUCCACUGUUAUUAAUGGACCUAACAUGGCCAUAUUCGGCAAUAUCAGCAGGUCUACUUUGAUUUAAACUUAGCUGAAUACUACCCACGAUUGUCUUCACAUAGGGGUCAUGUAAAAAGCAUGCAAGUCUCCAGAUGUUGCUGAACUACACUACCCAUCAUCCCUCACCAUUGGCCAUGCUGGCUGGAACUGAUGGGAGUUGGAGCCCAACCCACCUGGAGAGCCACAGGUUCCCUGUCCCUGUGCUAUUGCAAGUUUUUGUCAGCAUGUGGCGACUUUCAAGUUUUACCAUAUCGGGUUGCUUCCAUAAAACCACUUUAUCGCAUGAAAACUGGGUUGGAAAGGGCCUUUUUGAUGCCUCUUCCACUUAAAAACCAGUCAUGGGAAUUUGGUUUUGAAGAAUGUAAUAACUAGCCUUUCUGGCUCAGAAGAACAGUCCAUGUAAGUAACUAGCCCAUCUGCUAGGCUAAAUAAUUCCAGAUGAUGCAAAAGAAAAGUACUAAUAUAAUCCUUCUUUCAGUCUUGUGGUUUAGCAACAUCUGACCCUUUCAUUAGAAAAAAACACAUCAUUUCCAUUUUAGUUUUAAGCAGCUGCACAUCAGCAAAUAGGGGGUGAAAUCUGUUGAACCUGAGUAUGAGAGGUUUAGUAUGAAAGUAAACACAAAUUGUUGCUUGAUUUUCCCUUAGGACACCUGGGGCAAAGUUAUAAUUGGUGAUGUGGAACUGAGAGAGGUGAUGGCAUGUGGCAGGUAAGCUUGGGUUGGCAAAGGGAAUAAUCAGCUGUUUGAUCCUGUUUACUACAAAAUGUCGUUUGCCAUUGCAGGUGUCUUCUUACAACUGUUGACCCAGAAAAUGGCAUCAUAGACAGAAAGGAGCCACUGGAAACACUAAAAAGGUAAAGUAUGACAGCAAUCACGAACAGUUACACGUCUGACAUAGUGUUGGGGUGCUCCUCAUUUAUUGCUGGCAGCAAAAUGCUGGUCUGUAUCUUCGCCAAUUUAACCCAGGUUUACCUUUAUGGGGGGUGAGUGGGAUUGAUUUGGGAAGGGAAAACACUGUUGCCAAUGACCUGCUUGUGAUAUCUCAAUAACCCAUUUGGAAGUUAGGCCCCUAUCUGGAAACACCAUUGCUCAGUAGAUGAGUGGCACUGCUUCUGAAGCUAAUCCUACGUACUGUGUUCCUUGAGACUUACACCCAAGUACCUUGUGUAGGCCUGAUGUGUAUGCCACUUUUUAAAAUUUAAAAAUAUGGCCUGUAUUUGGGUAGUAUGCAUUUAUGUCCAUCGACUUUACCUUCCUGCAUUACUACAUAUAUUUCUAGGUCUUCAUACAUUAUGUUCAGCACUGAAGGUAAACGAGUUCAUUUGACUAGAGAGAACUCAGAGUAACUUCUAAGUUAAACAUACAAAGGAUUGUCCGCUGAGUUGAAUAUCAUUAACUUUUCAGUUUUGGAUCAGGGUAUUAAGAGGCAGCCAGUGAUCUAGACUACCAUUUGAUAGUAAUUUCAUGACUGAACCUCCUUCAGCUUCAAACUGAUGCUCAGAAAACAGGUAUAGCUGCAUCUAAUGCAAUAGCAAACAAUUUGCAUACAACUCCCCUGUUGCAUGAUAUGCUAAAGAUCCCAUUUGGGGGAUAAAAAGCAAUGCAACAAUCCUUGCCUAUUGAGAUCAAUAAGGUGCCAUCACUGUACUCUUUUUGACACCAGCUAAAAACAUUCCUCUUUAGACAAGCCUACCCAGAAGCUUCGAAAGUUGAGGCAAUUUUAAUCCGUUUUAGUAUUUUAACUUUUGUUUAAUUUAAAGUAGGGUUGUAAUUUUCCUUGAUUUUACUGUUUCAUCUUUUGCAAACUGCUUUGGGUCCUCCCCCCCCCCCAUUGAACAGUGUAUCAUUUUUAUGAAAUAUGCAAACAAACAGGGUUCAAAUUUGGAUCUGCUAUGGGUCAGGGCUAAGCCAUGUGGAGACUGUUUUUGCUUGAAACCUCUCCAUGCUUAUCUCAAAUGUCUAGUAGUGUAAUUUGCCAAGUCUCUGUACGGAACAGGGGUGGUAAACCUAGAAUCAUAGAAUCAUAGAAUCAUAGAAUCAUAGAGUUGGAAGAGACCACAAGGGCCAUCGAGUCCAACCCCCUGCCAAGCAGGAAACACCAUCAGAGCACUCCUGACAUAUGGUUGUCAAGCCUCUGCUUAAAGACCUCCAAAGAAGGAGACUCCACCACACUCCUUGGCAGCAAAUUCCACUGUCGAACAGCUCUUACUGUCAGGAAGUUCUUCCUAAUGUUUAGGUGGAAUCUUCUUUCUUGUAGUUUGGAUCCAUUGCUCCGUGUCCGCUUCUCUGGAGCAGCAGAAAACAACCUUUCUCCCUCCUCUAUGUGACAUCCUUUUAUAUAUUUGAACAUGGCUAUCAUAUCACCCCUUAACCUCCUCUUCUCCAGGCUAAACAUGCCCAGCUCCCUUAGCCGUUCCUCAUAAGGCAUUGUUUCCAGGCCUUUGACCAUUUUGGUUGCCCUCCUCUGGACACGUUCCAGUUUGUCAGUGUCCUUCUUGAACUGUGGUGCCCAGAACUGGACACAGUACUCCAGGUGAGGUCUGACCAGAGCAGAAUACAGUGGCACUAUUACUUCCCUUGAUCUAGAUGCUAUACUCCUAUUGAUGCAGCCCAGAAUUGCAUUGGCUUUUUUAUCUGCCGCGUCACACUGUUGGCUCAUGUCAAGUUUGUGGUCAACCAAGACUCCUAGAUCCUUUUCACAUGUACUGCUCUCAAGCCAGGUGUCACCCAUCUUGUAUUUGUGCCUCUCAUUUUUUUUGCCCUAGUGCAAUACUUUACAUUUCUCCCUGUUAAAAUUCAUCUUGUUUGUUUUAGCCCAGUUCUCUAAUCUGUCAAGGUCGUUUUGAAGUGUGAUCCUGUCCUCUGGGGUGUUAGCCACCCUCCCAGUUUGGUGUCAUCUGCAAAUUUGAUCAGGAUGCCCUUGAGUCCAUCAUCCAAGUCGUUGAUAAAGAUGUUGAAUAAGACCGGCCCCAAGACAGAACCCUGUGGCACCCCACUAGUCACUCUUCUCCAGGAUGAAGAGGAACCAUUGAUGAGCACCCUUUGGGUUCGGUCAGUCAGCCAAUUACAAAUCCACUGAGUGGUAGCAUAGUCAAGACCGCAUUUUACCAGCUUCUUUACAAGAAUAUCAUGGGGCACCUUGUCAAAUGCCUUGCUGAAAUCAAGGUAGGCUACAUCCACUGCGUUCCCUUCAUCUACCAGGCUUGUAAUUCUGUCAAAAAACGAGAUCAGGUUAGUCUGACAUGACUUAUUUUUCAGAAAUCCAUGCUGACUAUUGGUGAUCACAGCAUUCCUUUCUAGGUGCUCACAGACUGUUUGCUUAAUGAUCUGCUCCAGAAUCUUCCCUGGUAUUGAUGUCAGACUGACUGGGCGGUAAUUAUUUGGGUCCUCUCUUUUCCCUUUUUGAAAAUAGGGACAACAUUUGCCCUCCUCCAGUCUGCCGGGACUUCGCCUGUUCUCCAGGAAUUCUCAAAGAUGACUGCUAGUGGUUCUGAGAUCACAUCUGCCAGUUCUUUUAAUACUCUUGGAUGCAGUUCAUCUGGCCCUGGAGACUUGAAUACAUCUAAACUAGCCAAGUAUUCUUGUACUAUCUCCUUAGUUAUUCUGGGCUGUGUUUCCUCUGCUGAAUCAUUUGCUCCAAAUUCUUCAGGUCGGGCAUUGUUUUCUUUAUCGGAGAAGACUGAGGCAAAGAAGGCAUUGAGGAGUUCAGCCCUUUCUGUGUCCCCUGUUUGCAUUUCACCAUCUUCUCCUCUGAGUGACCCCACUGUUUCUUUGUUCUUCCUUUUGCUACGAACAUACCCAUAAAAGCCUUUUUGUUGCUUUUAACCUCUCUAGCAAGCCUGAGUUCAUUCUGUGCUUUAGCUUUUCUGACUUUGUGUCUACACGUGCUGGCUAUUUGUUUGAAUUCCUCUUUGGUGGUUUCCCCCUUUUCCAUUUUUGUACACAUCCUUUUUAAUCUUAACUCAGUUAAAAGUUCUUUAGAUAGCCACCCUGGCUUCUUUAGGCACCUUCCAUGUUUCCGUCUCAUUGGUAUUGCCUGAAGUUGUGCUUUUACUAUCUCCCUCUUAAGAAACUCCCAGCCAUCAUGAACUCCCUUUCCUUUUAGUAUUACUGUCCAUGGGAUCUCACCCAGCACUUCCCUAAGUUUUAUGAAGUCGGCUUUCUUAAAGCUUUCUGUGGUCCUCCAGAUGUUACUGGACUCCCAACUCCCCUCAUCCCUGACCAUAGGCCAUGUGUGCUGGUGCUGAUGGGAGCUGGGAUCCAACAGCAUCUGGAAAGGUUCUCCACCCCUGAUACAGAAUGUCUAAGACAGCACUGGUAAUCUCUACAUUCAGUUGAAGCUCAUGGGAAACUUGAUGCAAACACGAGGCUCCAUGUGGCAAGCCAUGCUAGAUGCAACAAACAGGGAGAGGUAGCCUUUCACUUACAUAACCUAACAUGUAAACUAGCCUGAGUGUUGCCCACUGAAACAGCACGGAGUUCUAUUGCUAUUACUUCUCCUAAUAUUGUCGUUGUAAAAAUUUAUUUAGCAUCAAUAAUGCUGCUUAGUUCUGUGAAGUAUAGUACCCUUAGAAGAGCAGAAUAUGAAGGGCAUUUUCUUAGUUAAUUGUAGUACAGUUGUGCAACACCAAUUAAAUUGUGCUGCAACAAUUAUUAAUUCAUUCACUCAUUGCAGUACAUUUCUAUACUGCUCCCCAGUAAUUUCGUGUGAGCUUGUUGAUUAAUUAAUUAACAGUACAACUUGAACAAGAAGUAAGUUUUAACUGAAUUCAGCAAGACUUACUCCCACAUAAGUGGAGCUAGGAUUGCAGUCCUAAGCAUUAUUUGAUUAACCAUUUCAGGCCAGGUCUGAAAAUUAAGGGGAAACUUGGGUUUUUUAAAAGUCAGUUUUGGUUCCAGCAGGUUACCAUAAUAGGAAAUGUAAAAGAGUACCUUAAAAACAACAGUUACUUUCUUGCAAUGAACGUUAAUUGAAAGUUAUCUCAUGCUUCCCUCAAUAUCUCGAAAAGGCAGCACUAUUGAUAUUUUGGUAAUAUACAAAUGUAUUUAAUUGUAUUGUUUAAUUAAUCAUCUUCCUCUAAAACUAUUAAUCAACCAAUAAGUCUUGCUUGGCUGACUGCUCUAAUGAUAACACAGAGGAUCUCACAGGUUUCUGUCCCAUAAUCUGGUCUAUCAUAUAACAUUAUCCGUCUAAAUUUGCAGUAAUAAAGCUUGAAGGUCUUACACAGGACGGCCAACGUCCAGGAUUUUGCUAAGCCUUUAAGCCAUUAUAAAUACAACUAAGUGUAAACUUUCAAGGGGGGCACCAUAAAUUUGGGCGAGAGAAGGUCUUCCACAAUCAUCCCAAGAACUCAUCUGGCAAAUGCAAAGUGCCUUCCUUGUCUGCGUGGGGAGAGUUUAGCAUGACAGGACACUAAAUCUCAGCCAAGUAAAUGGUGAAAAGAAAAUAAUUCUCCUACCACUCUAUCUCCACAAUGUCCAAACAGCAAAAGUGAUUCCUACCCCUCCAUGCCCCCCAUCAGUUACUUGACAAGCCCACAGCAGCCAGGGAAAUAAAUUUCAAAGUACCCAAGAGGUUUUAAAAGCCAUUUUAACUCUUUCAGCUCCCUUCACAAUUCACUUUUGUAAGACACCUUAGGAAAGUGAAUGAGACGCUAUUCUCAAAAGAUGGAAGACUCUGCAUGUCAUUUAAAGUACCACUGUUACAGCUACAGACUUGGAACGUCGCCAUGCGAAAUACUUUUUCUUGAGUGUUGUUGCCAGGAUUAAACCUGCUGUGUGAAAAGCAGGUGCCCUGGCAACUGAGCUAUGGUCCCUCCUUAGUGCAGGAUAAAAAUAAAUAAAUGUAAAACUGGGUCCUAUGAGCUCCCUCGAAAGUUUUAAAAUGUGGGGCAGCUGUGUGAAGAAACAGUCACGUUGUGUGGGCAAAUUUAAAGGUAACAGUGUUUUUCUCACAAUGUUCCCUCACAAUGUAACCCGUUUCUUCACACACUAACAGUCCUUUGCCAUAAUUUCACUAAUAAAUGUCCUAUUUUUUUCUUUGCAGCUACCGCAUGUGUGAUCCAGCGGACAAGCAUCUCUACAAAUCUGCCCCCUUGUUUGGGAGCUUUUUCACAGUAUCUAAACUUGGAACCAUUAAAGUUGGAGACCCUGUGUAUAAGAUAAUCGAAUGUUAGGGAGGGGUCAGAGGACUCUUUGCCUUAAAGUGCUUGUCUGUUCAGCAGUUGCAAUGUUGUUAUCAUAGGGCACAAACCAGCCAAAUCUCAGCAUUUAAAAAUUCCCGCUGAUAUCAGUGAAAGAAAUUUAAGCACCUAUGUGUCUUGUUCAUUCAUUUGCCAAGUGUUUAAUUUGUUGGCUAAUUUGUGCCCAUACUUCCUGCCGGUUAUAAUUUUACUUGGCUUCUUAGAGAAAAAGACCUGCAUUGUAAUUUGUAACUCAGAUUAGUAUAAUGUUACCAGAUAAUUGUUUAUUACCAACAUUUUGAACUGAACUCUCGAAAGAUGCCGAAACUUUAUGGGGGUGGAAACAGGAGUAUUCUGUGGUAUACUAUAAAGACUAACAGAUUUUUUUUUUUAGGCAAGAUCACUUUGUUAUACCCAUGCUGUUAUCCUUAGUGUCUCUCUCUUGUUUUUUGGUCACUGUUUUGGAAAGGCAGCAUUUAAAAUAGAUAAAUAAAUACAUAUCUGUUAAUUGAUUGUAUCUGCACAUGGCAUCAUAAUGAACUACGUUAAAUGUGUCCAGGCCUAAUGAUUUAGACAUGCCACAGCUCAUAAUUCUUACUGCAGGGAAGGCCAUGGUCCUUGGAGGGCAAUCUGAGUUAAUCUGUGAUAAAUGGUAGACUGAUGGAUCAAUGAUGUGCUUGAUAAGACUGUGUUUGUUCAUGGGAACAGAUGGCACCCACCUGCAAGUUCAUUUGAUUUGAAUGAAUAGUCACAAUUAGAGAGACUGCAGUUAAAAAACAUGUGAUCCUUGUGUUAUAUAUACAUUUGAAGGCACUUUGUAAAAGGCAUUCUUGCAGUGCAAUCCUAAACAUGUUUAUUCAGAAGUAAUUCUCAUUGAAUUCAUUGGGGCUUGCUCCCUAGUAAGUGUGCUUGUGAUUGCAUUUACUCGGGAGUAAGUUUUGUUGAACUGGGAGGUACUUCUGGGUAGACAUGUGUAGGAUUACACUGUUAGUGUCGCCUGUGAAAAGACCUAACUUUGAGAGUCCUUCCUGAAAACCUGAACAGUAGAUUCAGCUGAUACUUACUUAGAUUCAGCUGAUACUAACUUUAUCAGCAGCCCAGUGCUGCUCCUCCCAGCACAGAGAGACAUUUUUUAAAAUUAAGGGCAGAUCUAAAUAAAAUGUGGCACAGUGCUUAAACUAUUAGAUGGACACUCAGAUCAAUCUGUAAGGAGUUUGGGGGUGGGGAAGGUGCGAACAGAAAUGGCAAAAUGCUCAUGUGCCAAUUCCAAUAUUAAUUUUAGUGAUCUAAGUUAAAGUGGAAGGCAGGUGGAGUGAAAUACCAGAUAGAGUGAACCCCUAGAACAGGCAUGUCCAAAGUCUGUUUUGGGGGUCUAAUCUGGCCCAAAAAGCUCAAAAAGUUCAGUCCUAAAAACCAACUUUGUUCAGCCCUCACACAUGUUCACUUCAUCAAAUCUGGCCCUCUUUGAAAAAAGUUUGGGCACCCCUGCCCU